AGCCGCGACGAGAGUACUGCGCGUGCGCAAACCUAAGAGUGCGCCUGCGAUCCACCUUCUGCUUUGGUUCGGUUGCUCUAGAACGCUGCGGGUGGGAGGCCAAGCCUGAGGCCAGCCUCUUCUGUCUGACUAGACUCUAAGCUCCACGAAGACAGAGGCUCGCUCUCUCCCACCUCGCGUCACUCGUGUCGCGUGGCAUGUCGAACCACGCAGGCACCCUCAUAAAAAUCAGUUGAAAAAUCCAAACGUUCCAGGGAUGAGUACCACUUGGAUCACGUUACUGGCAGUGCGUCGGAGGGAACAGAUGUUCCCAUUCAAAUCCACGAAACUGGAAACAUGAGAAAACAACAAUCAUGACAUUGAUUGAUAGUGAUAUUUACUGUGUCAGACCGCGUCAGCUCAGCUAGAAGACAGACGUGCAUACGGUCGUCUUUACAUUUGGAUUUCAAAGAUUCUCAAAUGCCUAAAUAACGUCGCUGAACUCGGAUCCUAAUUCUUGCUUGAUACGCUGUUCAGUGUUUCUUUAUCGAAUUACAUCCCUGUUCUUUUGAAUGUCACGCUCAAGACCUCUCCUUCCGAGAAGGCAGUGCCUCUGGGGCUUCCAAGAUAUUUUCAGUUUGAAAAAAUUUAUCAGGGGCGCCCGGGUGGCUCGCUCCGGCAGCGAACAGGCAGAGCCUUCUGCAUGAGGCCCUUGGCUUGCGUUCACUGGGCCACAGCCCUGGCCAGAAUAUGGCCAGUGCCAGGGGGCCCCAGGCCUUGGGAGAAGCAGGCGCUGCUCGCGCCGACAGCAGCAGUCACUGUGGUGCAGGUGGCAGGCAAAAAGGACCGCCCCGCUCUGCCUCCCCUGGAGGAGAGGGACCUUGAGGAGCAGUUCGUGAAAGGGCACGGCCCAGGGGGCCAGGCCACCAACAAAACCAGCAACUGUGUGGUGCUGAGGCACGUCCCCUCCGGCAUCGUCGUCAAGUGCCAUCAGACAAGAUCGGUCGAUCAGAACAGAAAGCUCGCUCGGAAAAUCCUCCAAGAGAAACUGGAUAUUUUCUACAAUGGGGAAAACAGUCUUGUUUACAAGGAAAAACAGGAGGCGGAGAGGAAAAAGCAAGAGAGGAAAAAAAGAGCAAAGGAAACCCUAGAGAAAAAGAAGCUGCUGAAAGAACUCUGGGAAGCAAGUAGAAAUGUCCACUGAGAAAGAACCGAAGAUGCUUUUCUGUUGUUUGUUUUUGUUCUUAAGACUUCCAUCCAGCGUGAGGCUUGAACUCACAACCCCGAUCCCGAGAUCAAGAGUCACACGCUCUUCAGGUACCGCUGAAAAAAAUCACAGAUUCUAACUAAAGAACCUGCAGAUGGCGGGGGCAUCUGGGUUGCUCAGUCACUUAAGCAUCCGACUGUUGACCUAAGCUCAGGUCAUGAUCUCAAGGUCGUGGGAUCAAGCCCUGCAUCGGGCUCCAUGCUGGGCUGGGAACCUGCUAAGAGUCUCCCUCCGUCUCCGUCUGUGCCCACACUCCCUCUCCCGCCCCGCUCAUGCUUGCACACUCCGUCUCUCUAAUAAACUAAAUAAAAUAAAAUAAAAAAUAAAA